ACACUGGUGUCAAGCUGCUUUUUGCAAUGGGAGGAGGAAUGACAAACCCAGUGCACAGCUGCAAAAGGAAAUAAUGAUGGGAAUGUUCUCCGGCUAGGAAGGCUAAGCUGAACCGGAGCUCGUCUGCGGCAACCCCAACUGGUCCAUCAUGCAUUUCAACAUUCAUAUGCCACGUUUCAGAGUGAGACAUGUCAACUGUUCAGGUUGAAGUCUCUGAAGGGAUUGCGACGAUCACUUUUAACAACCCCAAGACGCUCAAUGCGAUCACUACGGAUGAUUACAAUGCAUUUGGCGAAGCGUUGAGAGCCAUCGACAAACGUGACGACGUAGUCGCAACUGUAUGGCAAGCCACUGGUAGAUGGUUCUGUGCUGGAACGAAUGUCUCCACAUCAGGUUCGCUAGUGUCCAUGCGUGAAACCUUCCUUCAAAGGGUGGCCAGGUCCAAUACGGAUGUCACACGAGGAUUAUAUACCCACAGCAAGGUGCUUAUUGCAGCUCUUAAUGGUCCCGUAAUGGGUAUCGCUGCUGCGUUCCUGGGUCAAUUUGAUUUCAUCUAUGCAUUACCGAACGCAUGGCUUUCAGUGCCGUUUACGUUCAUCGGAAUCAUUACUGAAGGCGGCUCCAGUGUCAGUUUCGCAAGGAGAAUGGGUGUAGCUAGAGCGAACGAAGCUCUGAUUUUCGGGAAGAAACUCGACUCGAAGACUCUUCUGGAAUGUGGCUUUCUGAACAAAAUAUUCCCGGAGCAGUCUGUGGAAUCGUUCCAUGCUGCAGUUCGGGCCCACUUACUUUCAGAACUCGAAGGACUGGACUGGACUGCCAUCCUACAUGUCAAACAACUGCUGAAAAUCGCUCAGGCUGCACAGAAUGAUCCGGACGCCACUAACCUGAGAGAGAGUUAUGCCCAGGCUGAGAGGUUGGCAACGAGUGUACCUGCUGAGCGGUUUGGCAAACUUGCUCGGAAGGAAAUCAAACACAAGUUGUAGCCGACUGACUUCAGCCUACUGUAUUUUUACUAUGCAUACCAGUUUGCAAUCGUAACGAGGUGUAAAUGGAUGAGUCCCGGAUCGCGAAAUUUUCAUUAUUGCAAACGGACGCCGAGAAUCGAGAUAGACAAAAUGGUUUUGCUCGCUUGGAUAAGGAUUGUCUCUGUAGAUGCCUCUACGCGUGGAAAAUCGUCGAUCCAAUUCUUCAUAUACU